AUGACAUCGUCUGGUAACACCUCCCCUUCAACCGGUGAAGUUAUCUACCCCAACACCACCGCACUUUUCAAUGAAAACACUGCUAACGUUACCAAGCUUCAUGACACCAACUAUCUCAUGUGGAGUCUGCAUAUCCAUGCUUUAAUUGAUGGCUAUGAACUUUCUGGUUAUCUCGAUGGAUCUGUCCCUCCCCCGUCUCCCACCGUCACGCAGAACGACACGACCAAGCCAAAUCCUGACUUUGCCUUUUGGAAACGCCAAGAUCGCCUCUUCUACAAUGCACUUCUCGGUGCUAUGACGACAUCUGUUCAGCCGCUGGUGUCUCGUGCUACCACUACUGCUGAAGCCUGGACCACUCUCACUGAUACAUUCGCCAAAGCUAGCCGCAACCACUUCAAGCAAAUCAAAGAUCAAAUCAAGGCUUGGACUAAAGGUAACAAAUCUAUUGACGAAUAUGUUCGUGGACUAACUAAGUUGUUUGAUGAACUUGCUAUCCUUGGGAAACCAAUGGAUCAUGAGGACCAAAUUGAGAAGAUCCUUGCUGGUCUUCCUGAUGACUACAAGCCGGUUGCUAACCAGAUCAAGGGUAAAGACUCUCCUCCCACCAUCACUGAAGUUCACGAACGCCUACGCAACCGUGAAGUAACACUCCGUGCUGCUGCUUCUCCUACACCAUUUCCAGCCUCUGCCAAUGUUGCUCAGUAUCAACGUUAA